AUGGAGUACUCAGUAGACCUUGAUUUGAUUUGCCGUGUACUGCUCAAGCUGGGGCAUGAAUACUGGGAACGCUUUGAGCAAUCAAGGGAACAGGAAGACCUUGACAAGUGCAUUUCACAUGUUCGUAUUGUACUUGGACUUUGUACAGAAGGACAUCCAUGUCAUUCUACAGCAUUGGGUGCGCUCGGAGACUCUCUUUAUAUGCGCUUCGAGCAGUGGGGGAAAUUAGAAGAUUUAGAGGAGUCGAUAGGCGUCUAUCGUGCUGGUCUGGACCUUUUCCCCAAGGGCCAUCCCAAUCAUUCUGCAUCACUGAACAAUCUUGCAAAUUCCCUCCAUACUCGAUAUGAACAGCAUGGACAGAGUGCAGAUCUUGACGAGGCCAUUGAGCAUCAUCGUGCUGCCCUGGACCUUCACCCCGAGGGACAUCCCGAUCGUUCCGCAUCACUGAGCAACCUUGCGAAUUCCCUCCGUAUUCGAUUUAACCAGCUUAGACAGAGUGCAGAUCUUGACGAGGCCAUUGAGCAUCAUCGUGCUGCCUUGAACCUUUUACCCAAGGGCCAUCCUAAUCGCUCCACGUUUCUGAACAACUUUGCAAAUUCCCUCC